AUUCAAUAAAUUUACCACCGUAAAGUAAUAAAUAACACGAGAGAUAAUGUUGCGGGCGGUUUAAAGAUUUUUAAAGGUGACAGUCAGAAUGGCAAUGCUAUCGCUGUUAAUCGUCGUUCUCAUCUGCAAUAUUUCCGAAGCUGCUUACUACUGCAACGUAGCAGAUCCCUGUGCACAUGCCAAUGCAUCUACAUUCUUUGAACCUUACGCAAGGUUUGAAAUUUGUCAGUAUGACUCCAAAUACGGGCUAUGCGAUCGUUAUAUUACCCCAGACUGGUACCGAGUGGAGGACGCCAUGUUGACGGAAUGUCCAAAUCUUCUGAGCUGUGGCGCGCUCUAUCCUGUUUGGUUGAAUGGAUCUUUACCGACCGAAGCUGAGGGUAUUGUAGAUGCAAAGGUAUGUAAAGUUGGUUUUGCUGACUGUUGUUCAAGAAACUAUGACGUCAAAAUAAGAAACUGUGGAUCCUUCUAUGCCUAUUGUCUGGGGGCUCUUGAUUCAUGCUCAGAAAGAUACUGUUUCGGAGAACAAGGGUCUUGUGAAGUUCCAACAACAACUCCCACAAUGACGACCACUGCCUCACCAACAACCUAUUCUGAAGAAGAUGAUGAUCAUAGACAUAUCAAUCUAGAGAUUAGGCUGGGCGCCAUAUUUGGAGUGUUGGUAUUGAUAUUUGUUACAAUGUGUAUCAUCUAUAGAAAGGAUAUCACCUGUAUGAAAUGUUGUAGGAGGGGUAAUAAAUUAGGAUCGACAGAGGAUUUCACGAGAAAAGGAGGUUUUGAAAAACAGGAUAUACAAAACUCAGCUCACUCGCGGGAAAACGCACGCUGCUGGAGCCCCCCUCCGCCUUAUUCCCAUUAGCCAUGGACACAGACAAGAAAGACCUGUAACAUUUACAACCUAAUAAAAUAUUUAUGUGUUGCUUUCCCUUCUAUUUCAUUAAAAGCGUGUGAUUUGUACAUCUACAAAACCUUAUGUCUUUUUUGUUCUGUUUCAGUAAAAUUAUGUGAUUUGUAGAUUGGAAAAAAAAAUGAAAUCAAGAAAUCACGUUUUCGCACGGUGUUUUAUUUAGAAUGUUUCUUCGCAUGGGAGUGCAUUGGUGCGAUUGGAAAUAUCUAAUUAGGAAACAUAAAUUUCUUAUAAAUGCAUAUCAACUAGUUUGUGUGCACUCGUCCUAUCAUAUUAAAUAUUCGUAUAAACGUUUCUUUAUGACUUCUUAAUCUACUUUGAUUAUUGGGUACUAGCGUAUAUACGCCAUCAUGAUUAAAUAUACGUUAUGUGUAACUAUAGAUAUGUUCCAACCUUCUGAUUAUAGUAAUAAAACCG